CAAAAAAAAACAGCCACCAUUUUUUAAUAUAAAUACCUAAUAAAACAUAUAGAGAAUAAAGAGAAAUAAAAUGGUUUUAUAGAGUGUAAUUAAGCCAAAAAUCCCACACACUGUAGUGCUCAUGUUUUUGACAUGUGCCUUUAAGGGGCGUGGCCUAGUGAGUGACAUCAGAAGCUCUGACUCAUCAAUAACUUUGUGAAAAAAGGACUUUAUGCGCAGCAUGGGAGACAUUUACCCAUAUAAAACCAAAGCGGCAUUAAAAAAAUGGCAAAAUUAUCAUUUUGUUUUAAGUGUUUUUAUUGGUUAUUAAUCCAAUUGUAUGAAAAUGACCCUUAUACCAGGGGCGGAGCUAAGAAUUUUUCAGUGGGCCAUCCCUGGCUCCGCCCCUGCCUAUUACUCGUGAAAAGUUGCUUGCCAUAAUUGUUUUGGAUAUGAAGCGCUAUUUAACUCACCUGCAUAAAGAAUGUGAACCUUCUUGAAGGAAGCCGACUUCGCCUUAAAAACAGUAAACCACUCAAAGUUAACAUUUAAAUCUAUACCUGUUAAGAAUGCCUGCAGUUCGACCUGGGAGCAUUACUUUAUUUCCAAUGGGAAAAAUGUUUCAACAUAGGAUUCUCUGUUUUUCUCAGUGGUUCCACCGCACAUUGUGAGAGAACUGUUGGAGGGCAAGAGAAAGAGAGAGAGAGAGAGAGAGAGAGAGCUAGAGAGAAAAAUGAGGGAGGAGGCUGAGAGAUGAGAGUCACGCUGAGGGAGUCACGCAUGUAGAGGAGCAAGGAGGUGAACUGGUGUGAUGCGAGGAUUCCACCAGAGCGAGGAGGGACCUGCUCGUGUUGAAUCCUCGGUCUCAACUCAAAGUGGACAGCGGAGUGGCAGGGGGGGGGGCACGGCAGACGGAUGAGGGGGAGCAGCACCGGGCUGACAUUGACUCAUUCAACAUUUGGCUCUUUCAUAAGAUCAUCUGAAGCAAGACCACACUGUUUCUAUGGCGACGUCCUGUGGCUUGAGGGGCACCAUGGGUGUAAACAACUGUUUCGGUUUACUUUUGCUUACUCUCGGCACCCAAGUGUGUUGCUAUGCUGGACCUCGGGCUCACGCUGAGGAGAAGCUGCUCCAGGAUCUGUUUGUGCGUUACAACAAGCUCUCCAGGCCGGUGGAAAACUCAUCAGACACAGUGCUGGUCCACUUUGGUCUCUCUAUCGCUCAGCUUAUAGAUGUGGAUGAGAAGAACCAGAUGAUGACCACGAACGUCUGGGUCAAGCAAGAAUGGAACGAUUACAAGCUGCGCUGGAACCCGGAGGAAUACGAGAACGUCACCUCCAUCCGUAUUCCCUCGGAGAUUAUCUGGAGGCCCGACAUCGUCCUUUACAACAAUGCUGACGGUGACUUUGCCGUAACCCACCUAACUAAGGCACAUCUAUUCCAUGAUGGACGGAUAAAGUGGAUGCCGCCAGCCAUCUACAAGUCUUCAUGCAGCAUUGACGUCACCUUUUUCCCCUUUGACCAGCAAAGCUGCAAGAUGAAGUUUGGCUCAUGGACCUACGACCGAGCCAAGAUCGACCUUAUCAGCAUGGCCAGCGACGUGGACCAGAUGGACUACUGGGAGAGCGGCGAGUGGGUUAUUAUGAAUGCAGUCGGCAAGUACAACACCAAAAAGUACGAGUGCUGCACUGAGAUCUAUGCAGACAUCACGUACUACUUCAUCAUCCGGAGGCUUCCGUUGUUUUACACCAUUAAUCUUAUCAUCCCCUGUCUGCUUAUCUCCUGUUUGACUGUGCUGGUGUUUUAUUUACCAUCACAAUGCGGAGAGAAGAUCACCUUGUGUAUUUCCGUUUUAUUGUCCCUCACUGUCUUCCUGCUGUUGAUCACAGAGAUAAUACCGUCCACAUCGCUGGUGAUUCCCCUCAUUGGCGAAUACCUGCUGUUCACCAUGGUUUUCGUUACACUUUCAAUUAUAAUUACCGUCUUCGUUUUGAACGUACACCACCGAUCGCCUCAGACCCACGGAAUGCCUCAUUGGGUGCGAAGGGUGUUUCUAGACACGGUGCCCCGGGUCCUCUUCAUGAAACGGCCCCCCGGCACGGCCAAGCAACACUGCAAGAAGUUGAUUGAGAUGAUGCACCGGCCGACCAUAAUAUCAGCCACCGGCAACUCCCAGACAUUUUGGAUGGGUUUCGAGACAGGGCUGACCCAAAUAGGACAGGUCGAGAAGUGCCUCCCAAAGACUCCAGCCGACAGCCCAAACAUCCGCGUCUGCUCCCCUUCUCCAUCCUCCUCACCUCGCAAGGAACUCAACCGGCAAGAUCCCCCAGUUAAGGCCAACAUUUUCUACCAAUCACCCACUAAACAAUAUUCAGGUCUCCAACGAGGGCACGACUCCUCAACCUUGUCUUCUUCUCAACUUUCCUUACCUCCAACUUUGCCUCUCGGACCCCUUCGCAACCUCUCCAGGGAAGGCGCAAAUAAACUGUCCUCAAAUGGCCGCUCGCUCAGCGAUGAACAACUGUGUGGCCUGCAGAGGGAGCUUCCUCUGAGAGCUGCUCAACGGUGUCACUCGGGCAGCUUCCAGUAUUGCUGCCUGCACAACGAAGGGCCGGAGAAAUGGACUGGGACCGAAGACCAAACUAAACAACAAGACCCUGCAAACUGCCUCACAGAAAACCUCAAAGCUGAUUCCGCUAAAGAUCCAAGAGGGCAACAAGAGUCUGGGAUUCACCGCAUUUCCCCAUCUAUGCAACGAGCCAUUGAGGGAGUUCAAUACAUAGCGGAUCAUCUCAGGGCAGAGGACGACGACUUCUCAGUGAAGGAGGACUGGAAGUACGUGGCCAUGGUCAUUGACAGGAUAUUCCUCUGGAUGUUUGUACUGGUGUGUAUACUGGGAUCAGUAGGACUCUUUCUUCCUCCCUGGCUGGCCGGAAUGAUCUGAAAUCUGCUUGGCCAAGCAAAGAGAAGAUGCUUAUUCAACAUCUUUUUGUAUUUUGAUCAAAGGAGCUUUAAGUGUUUUUGUCCUAGCGUAACAUAAAGGUUAUGAACGAGGUGGGAUGUCGAUCAUCGAUUCCUGGGAGCACAUCGAUACUUUGUGGGGCAGUGAAAACAUCCCUUUGUACUUCUCCAUUUUGACAUUGAGCUUUUUCAUCUCCAACUACCGCCUCUGUAAGUAGAACGUCACUCAGUGGGGUGCGGACGUCCUCCCAGGUCGAACGAUCCUAAUUCGGAUCACCUUCAGAGAUGCGCAAAUUCCUUCCAUCGGCCAUCGGCGUUAAGAUUCAUUCAUUAUUUGCUGACAAAUCAAGCUAAAUAUUGAAAUCUCUGGCAAUUAAUGAUGUGGAUAAUGAUCAGUUAAUAGGCAAGGCCAGGCGCAUUUAUUGGUAUAGCAAGGGUACACACACAAUGUGCUUUGCAAAAUUAAAAGCAUUUAGAAAUGAAAAGCAAAAAGACAUUUAAUAAUAAUCAAUGACAUUCCGAAUUCUGGUCCAUUGUGUGGAAUUGAUUGUUAAUUAAUCAUGUCUUGAAGCAAUUGAGGCAAAAUGUUUUGAGUGCAGUGUUUGGCUUCAACCAGCAGAGGUGCUGCAUC